UCUCGUGAAAAGUCUGAAAAUUAAAAACCAUACUAACGCAAGGCGGCGACUGAGAUCGGAAUUUGGAAUCCAUGGCCGAUCACGCCGCCGAGCAUGAGAAGCACGAGUCCGAAUCUCUGAUCGAAAAGAUCACGGAGAAAUUGCACGGCUCUGAUUCGGACGGCGACGACGGCAUUAAAUCGGCCGCCUCCGCCGUCAAGUCCAAGAUCUACCGCCUGUUCGGCCGCGAAAAGUCCAUUCACAAAGUUCUAGGCGGUGGAAAACAUGCUGAUAUUUUGCUAUGGAGGAACAAGAAAGUAUCAGCUGGCGUGCUUGGUGUUGCGACACUGAUUUGGGUGCUUUUUGAAUUGCUCGAAUACCAUUUGUUAGCGCUAGUGUGCCAUAUCCUGAUCUUUGGUCUAGCAAUCGUUUUUCUGUGGUCAAAUGCAUCCUCUUUUAUCAACAGAUCUCGUCCUAGGAUCCCCGAAGUUGUUAUCCCCGAGGAUAUUGUUCGUGAUGUAGCUUCUGCCUUGUGGAGUGAAGUCAAUUUCGCUCUUGCCACCCUCAGAGAGAUUGCAUCCGGGAAAGAUGUGAAGAGCUUCCUUGCAGUGAUUGCUGGACUGUGGGUUCUUUCUGUACUAGGAAGCUGCCUCAACUUCCUCACCUUGUUCUACAUCGGUUUCGUUGUGCUGCACUCGGUGCCUCUGCUCUAUGAAAAAUACGAGGAUCAGGUGGACGCUUUUGCGGAGAAAGCUGAGGCCGAGCUGAAGAAACAGUACGCCGUGUUCCGUUCCCAGGUGUUGAGUGAAAUUCUGAGAGGGCCAUUGAAGGAUAAGAAGUUCCUGUAAUGAACAGAAAUCAUAAUAAUAAAAAUGAAUAAAAAAUCGGCUGUGCAUCCAUCUCGUUGCCGUAGUAUGUCACCCGACCAAUGGUCAGACUUAUCUAACUAACUAAAUGAUGAAACAAUAAUUGUUUAUUGGCUUAA